AUGAGCUGUGGGGAACUUCAAAGUGAAAUAUCCAACAAAUCUAAUUUUUGUGUUCUGUGUAAUUACUGUUACGGAAAUCUCGGUCGAGAUGAACAAAUAGAGCAUAAUCAUAUCCGAAGUGAAAGACAUUUCCUGAGUACUAUAAUUUUUCUUAUGGAUAGACGGUCAGACUAUCAAUGCGCUGAGAUCGCGCAAUUUGCUCUAUACUCUGAUGAUGACGGUGAACCGGCUAGAACGGAAGAACAUCGAAGGCUAACAAACUACGCACAUUGUAUGGAGAAAAUAACUUCACUUAUGACUGAAAUAUUCUCGUUGUCCAAUGCAGAAGAAUCUCCUUUGAGUCGUUCAUUCACUACAAACUCUUUGACAGAUUUCAUGAACCGUUCUGGUCAACAUUCCAUUCAACAAUUGAAUAAUGAUUCUGAUCGUGCUCGCGAUCUCCAAUUGCAACAAUAUAUGAAUGAAAUGAACAUGAAAGAUAUAGAUCAAUUUCUUUGCUCUGUAUCCGACAAUGGUCAAGGGUUUGAUCCGACGGCAGAAGAUCCAAAUAUUACCUCACCGGAGUCUGUUGAACACGAAAAUAUGCUUUUGAAACUUAAUUCAAAUCUUCUCCACCAAUUUGAAUUAGAUGCGAGACCAGUUUCAACGGAUGGCAUACUUAUAUGGCACAUUGAUGGUAUCAGAGAAAACAUAAAUGACGCCAUAUACAAAAGAAAACUUUAUAUCGAUUCCCCAAAUUUUCACACAUCGAUGUAUGGGCAUCGUAUGUGGGCACGUCUAUUUCUAAACGGCAACACUGAUGCUAAAUACUUAUCAAUCUAUAUCCAUCUGAAUUUCCCUGUUCGGGGACGUUUCAGCGGCCAUAUUAGAUUUAUACUGGUUGAUCAAAGUGGACAGAUGCCACUGCAACAUAUUAUCAAAGACUGUGAAGCAAGUGGAACCGAUGUGAACGCGUCGUUUGGCUUCGACGAAUUCGCCGAUAAAAAUGUUUUACACAAAGAGUCUAGUUCAUACAUCCGUGAUGAUUCCAUAUACUUCGUGGUGUGCAUCGAUCAAAGUCCAACCGAAAGAUUUGCCAAUCUGGAUGAACACAUACAAGAUGCAAUAAUGCAAAGUUAUGGUGCUAACUAG